AUGAGUGCCUGGAGCCGUCAGCGUUACACCACUGAGGUGGAGGCCAGGAUCGAUCGCCUGAUCAGCAUGCAUCUGGAGGCCUCAGAUAGGUAUCUCUCUCUGGGAUUCUUUUUCAAAGAUAACAGGUCUGUGGGCGGCCUGGUUCACUUCUUCCGAGAUCUGUCUGAAGAGAAGCGUCAGGCUGCCUAUCUUCUCCUGAUGCAAACUCGACAGAGCGGCUGUGACCACUUCUCUGAUGGACAGAUGAUGCCCUCAUAUCGGUGUGAUGGGAGCCUGGAUGCCAUGGAAACUUCCUUGGCUUUGGAGAAGAGCCUGAACCAAGUCCUUCUGGAGCUGCACGCCCUGGGUUCAGCCAAUGCAGACUUCCAGCUCUGCCACUUCUUGGAGAAGCACUUCUUAGAGAAGGAGAUGAAUGUCAUCAAGAAGAUUAGCGACUACCUGGCCAACCUCCGCCAGCAGGCCAGCGAGGAGGAAAGCCUGAGUGAGUGCCUCCUCAAAAGGCUCACGUUCAAUAGCGACUAA